AUGGAUCUCCCCUCUUCCCCCUCUUCGCCAUCGCAUCUUCCUCGCAAACUAGGUCAGGCUUGUGAUCGAUGCCGCAAAAAGAAGAUAAAAUGUGACGGCACACUUCCUGCUUGCCGCAAUUGUGCCAAAGCCAGCAAGCCCUGUGAGGCCUCCGCGGCCUUGCAGAGGAACACUAGGGUAAGAGGUUUUGUUACCGAAGACAAACAUUUCCAAGACUUGCAAAAUCAGCUGGCCCAGUGUCAGCAGGCGCUUCAGACGGAGCGUAACACCGUGGCCAUGUUACGGGAACAGCUAGCACAGCAGCUCCUUCAACCUGCGCAUUCCACCUCAGUUGCUCCCAUUCUCCCAAACGAUGGCGCCUUUGGGACAAUUUUACCAUCAUUUUUUAGCAGGCCUGGUGGUGCCUCAGAUGACUCCGCGUAUGUUAUUAAGCACAUGGGACGCAUGGUUCAUGACGAAGUAGGUGUGGGCCGCUUCGCAGGCUCUACUACUGGUGUUCACUUUGUGCUAAGCGUCGAAGAGGCUUGCAAGCGGACACUGCCUUUCGCAGAAACCUUCCCAGAAGGAUGUCAUAGCCUUUAUUUGGGCCAGUCAGCCAACACCUCCGAACCAGACUCCAGUUCCCUACAUGAAGACAUUAUCAAGUGCCUCAACCAACCUGUCAGCUUCUAUCUGGAACAGAUUGACGUCUUUUGUCGUUACUGGGAGGCAUUCUGCCCUUUGUUCGCGCGCAAGCAGCUGGAAAAAGAUAUUGAAAGACUAGUGAGAAAAGUGCAAGACCAUGGUCCGAACUCGGAUGACGACACUGCGCUCUGUAUUCUACUUUCCAUUAUGGGAAUUAACUGCCUAACCCACAGUAUGAGUGGUAACCAUGGCCCAAACUCGGAAUCUCCAGGAAGACAGUAUAUUUCGGUAGCAGGUCAUAUGCAGGGCCGUCUGGUUGCGCGCGCGGAUAUUGGAUCUCUGCAGGCGCUCACUCUAUUUGCCUUCUACCACCAACUAUCCGGAAGGUCUCUAUCUCUCAUCCAGCUGAACGGACAUAUGGUUCGAAUCGCCCAGUCGCUUGGCUUGCAUCGUCAUGCCAGACGUUUUCGAUUGACCAUGUCCGAAACCGAAUUGCGAAAACGACUGUGGUGGUGGGUAUACAUAUUUGACCGAAUCACGUCUAUAAUCCAUGGUCUACCCCUCCUCAUUAACGAUAUCGAUGUCGACAACGACAUGCCCACUGACUGUCGGCUUCACGAUCUCAGCGAUACUGAGCUGUUGCAUCCCCUCCCCGGACAAACAACGCCUGUAUUUUAUUUCAACCACUUUGUGACCAUGGGCAAGAAGCUAUCUUCUAUCCUCCACAAUCUGUAUACAACCACCCAGCGUCGUCAGGGUGGCAUCAAGAUUGAGCGGCUUGAUCGGGAUAUGAGGGUAUGGAGCCAGAAUUUGGACGCCAUCGAAGAUGCUGGAACCAACUUAAUGGUCUUCUGGCUGCGCUUACUAGCCCAUCUGGCCAUGGUCCUAAUCCACCGCCCCGGCCUCACCUUUGCGGAGAAUACUCCUGAAUUUGGAACAUGCCUCAAUACGUGCGUGAGGUCAAGCACCGAAAUCCUUCACUUGCUCGGUGGGACAGGGUCAGAUACGACGCCCUAUUUCCAUUCACUGUGCCCCGUUGGACCAGGUUUGGUGUUUCAAUGUGCUUUGAUGCACGUAUACUGCCAAUGCAAGCUCAAAAUCCUAAGCAACCUGGGAGCCAGCGAUUUCCCUUCCCUACAGGAGAGUAUGGGUGCUAUCUACAAUGCCGUCGAACCUCUGGAAAGAUACAGCCAACGGGCACUAUUGUAUCCUCCUGGCAAUUUCCAGCAUCAUUCAAUAAAUGCAACGAUUAAAACACUGAAAGAUGUGGCCCUCGCUCUGCAGCAAUCCAACCAUGGCCCCGAGCUGCCGGCGGAGGAGACUUGGCUUCCUGAAACACCUUCACUAUCCUUCAGAGGCAACUCUCUCUAUGACCUGAAUUAUAUGACGGCCAUGGACUGGGCCCAAGAUAUCUCAGAUACGUUUGGUGAUUUGCCCGGCUUUACCGGUUGA